AUGAAGACAGCUCUUGUGUUGCUUCGAGGAAGUGAAGGCAUUCGACGAGAAAAUGAAGACCCACAUGGAGGAGGUGAAGAAUAUGUCACCAAACUGAUAGACUAUUUACCAGAAGCCUUCAAAAAGUUUUCCGAAAUAGUAGAAGACGAGAAUCAGACACCGAGACAGAUAGGAGAGAGAAGGCACAAUUUGACCGCCACUUACCCUGAGGCCUUCCAUGUGCUGAAGUUCGCGUUCGGGCAAUUCAUGCCAAGACACGGUCCAUCAUGGUCGACAAUGGUCACAUGGCGAGUACCGUGGCAUCAUGGUAAAGCUGCGAGAUGA